AUGGCCCUUGACAAUUUCCUUUUCGGUCAGUGCAUUCUUUAUUUUUUGGCGUUUCUAUUUGGUUUCAUUGCGGUCGUGCCGCUAUCGGAAAACGGCGAUGACUUUCAGGGGAAAUGUUUACUGUUUACUCAGGGAAUGUGGCAGAAUGAGAACAUGACGAUAGGUAAACAGCGCUUUAUAGUAGAGGAAUGGGGACCCGAGUCGUCCUGCCGCUUCAUUACUUUCGUGGGCAUCGUUUCCCUCAUCCUCUCUGCCGUCCAAGUGUGGCGGACGUUUUUCUUCCUCUGCAAAGGUCACGACGACUCGUUCUUCCAUGCCUUUUUAAACCUUCUUCUGAGCUCUCUGGUGGUGUUUGUGGUUUUUGUGGCUGGUACCAUCUCCAGUGUGGGCUUUAGUGCUUGGUGCGACACCAUCACUGAAAAUGGAGCCCUGCCUAGCAGCUGUGAGGACCUUCAGGAUACUGAUUUGGAACUUGGCUUGGACAAUUCCUCUUUUUAUGAUCAGUUUGCCAUUGCACAAUUUGGGUUGUGGUCAGCGUGGCUAACCUGGCUGGGUCUUACAGUCUUGGCCUUCCUGAAAGUUUACCGGAACCACAGGCACCAGGACCUGCUGGAUAGCCUGGUUCAUGAGAAGGAGCUAUUGCUAAGUCGGUCACGCAGGGGGUCUGAUGUCCAUGACAGGAAUGCCAUGAUCUGA